GGGAAAGAAUUCUUGGAAGGAAAGAAGGAGAGGGAGAGACGUGUCGUAAACUGGUUGACGAUGGUGAGAAGCGAAGGCAUCAUGUGCUGCUGAAUGGGGCUGGUGGACGCCGGCGUCCGCAACCGCAGCGCCACCUUCGCACGCCACAGUGACGGAGACUGGAGGGAGGGACGAUACUCAAGAGGUGCGGCGCCUGCCGCUUGAGGCCUGGGAGGGGAAGGCAAGUGCUCUCUCUCCUCUUCGGACGGUAGUCGGCUGUGAACGCGCUGAGGACGGCCGCUGCAGUCCAGUUCAGAACCAUUUGCAUGUUUGCUGUCUUCUCUUGGGGAGUCAAUUCGUUGCACCAAAGAGGCCUCUCUCGCACAUACGGGUUCAAAGGAGGCGCUGAGGGUUAUGUCGAGAGUUGCUAUGAGCUUGUCAGUUCAUCACGCUCACGUACACGGCGGCGCUGCCGCAUUGGCGAACAACGGCUUUAAGAAGCUGCCAAAGACGCCAUGCUUGUCUUCGUGGGAGAUCUCGUUCACUUCAUCCUCUCCUGAGCCGUGCCUUAAAUCCGCUCAUAGCAGGCUUCUUCAUCGUCCUGGUCCAGCCAUCUGCCGUGCCGUUGGGAAUCAAGAUGGGAGCCUAAUAGGCAGUGAUGGCGGCGAUGACGAUGAUGAUGGCCAGCCGUCGUCCAAGGAUGGGGUGAACGAUAACGUGAGGAGCAACUUCGUUCGUGAGAAUUUGGAAAAGAUUUUGGGCAACGAUGAUCUGAACUUUACGGGAAUGGAUCUAGCUACCCUUAUCAGAAAAAAGUACGGGAGAUCAUAUGAUGUACAACUUAUCAAGAAGGAGUUUAUGGGUAGAAAUCUACUCGCAAUGAACGUCAUGUGGAAGUACAUGGAGCAGAGGUCAUUUCCAUUGACAGAGGAAGAGUAUUUGCUCAGGCUCGAUGAUGUUGCAAAUACAUUAAAGUGUUGGGGAGCUGUUUCACAUGUUCGGAAUAGCCUUGCAAGAAUGAAAGAAAGACCUCGAAUUGGAAAGGCAGUCAGCAUCUUCAUUGACAUGGAUGAAUCUGGUGGUCGGUCCAAGGAAUGGAUAUAUAAAUAGUGGCAUUGGCAAAUGACUCACAUUAGUUCAGUCUAUCUAUUGCUCUAUUAUUGAAUACCAAUAUUUUCUUAUGCUAGCUAAGCCAAGAGAAGACAAAAGAAGGUAUAACAAAGGGUAUUCUUGUUCA